CCGCGGCGCGCGGCUCCCUCCCUCGGCAGCCCCUUGGCGGUCACCGGCGGGGUUAGGCCGCCUCGUCAGCGAGCCGGGCGCGCCCGCCCCUCCUCCCCCCGCCCCGCCGCCGCUUGGGCUCGCCCCCCCCGGCCACCAUGAGCGACCAGGAGAGUCCCGAGGAGAUGGCUGCAGUGAAGCCCGAGAAGGGCGAGGGAGACGCCAGCAGCACCAGCAGCGGCGGCGGUGGCGAGGGCCAGGAGUCGCAGCCUUCCCCGCUGGCGCUGCUGGCGGCCACCUGCAGCAGGAUCGAGUCUCCCAACGAGAACUCCAACAGCUCCCAGGGCCAGCAAGGCGGGAGCGGCGAGCUGGACCUCACGGCCGCCGCCGCCCAGAUCGCCCAGUCCGCCAACGGCUGGCAGAUCAUAUCCGCCGGCUCCGGCACGCCGACUCCCGCCAAGGAGCCGGGCGCCAACGGCAGCAACGGCAGCGGCGACGCCUCCAAGAGCCGGCCCGUGAGCGCGGGGCAGUACGUGGUCGCGGCCGCCUCCAACCUGCAGAACCAGCAGGUGCUGACGGGCCUGCCGGGCGUUAUCCCGAAUAUCCAGUACCAGGUCAUUCCCCAGUUCCAGACCAUCGACGGGCAGCAGCUGCAGUUCGCCGCCACCCCGGCGCAGGUCAACGUGCAGCAGGAUGCCUCGGGCCAGCUGCAGAUCAUCCCCGGCGCCAACCAGCAGAUCAUCACGAGCCGAGCGGGGACGGGUAACCUCAUCGCCAUGCCGAACCUGCUGCAGCAAGCCGUCCCCAUCCAGGGCGUGGGCCUGGCCAACAACACCCUCUCGGGGCAAACCCAGUAUGUGGCCAACGUCCCCGUGGCCCUCAACGGCAACAUCACGCUGCUGCCGGUGAACAGCGUGGCGGCCAGCCUGGCCCCCACGUCGCAGACGGUCACCCUGAGCGGCUCCGGCUCUCCGGACAGCAGCUCCCAGCCGGCCACCUCGGGCGCUGCCAUCAGCUCGUCCAGCCUGGCCACGUCUCACGCCAGCUCCGGCUCCUUUUUUACCAACGCCAACAGCUACUCCACCACCACCACCACCAGUAACAUGGGCAUCAUGAAUUUUUCCAGCAGCGCCGCCGUGGGAACGAACGUGCAGGCGCAGACGCCCCAGCGGGUCGGCAGCGUCCAGAGCUCGGACUCUCUGCAGAGCCAGGUCUCCGGGGUGGCCCUGCAGCCGGGGCAGCAGAAGGAGGGGGAUCAGAGCCAGCCGGCGCAGCAGCAGCAGCAGAUCCUGCUCCAGCCCCAGCUCGUCCAGGGAGGGCAGACCAUCCAGGCCCUGCAGACCGCCCCGCUCUCUGGCCAGACCUUUGCCACCCAAGCCAUCUCCCAGGAUGCCUUGCAGAACCUGCAGCUCCAGGCGGUCCCCAACUCGGGGCCCAUCAUCAUCCGCACGCCCACGGUGGGGCCCAACGGGCAGGUGAGCUGGCAGACCAUCCAGCUCCAGAACCUGCAGGUGCAGAACCCCCAGGCCCAGACAAUCACCUUGGCCCCCAUGCAGGGAGUGUCGCUGGGGCAGACGGGCAGCACCAGCACCACGCUCACGCCCAUCGCCUCCCUGCCCAGCGGCACCGUCACCGUCAACGCCGCUCAGCUCUCCUCCAUGCCAGGCCUCCAGACUAUUAACCUCAGUGCCUUGGGAGCGUCUGGGAUCCAGGUGCACCAGCUGCAGGGGCUGCCGCUGGCCAUAGCCAACACCGCCGGUGACCACGGUGCUCAGCUGGGCCUUCACGGCGCGAGCGGAGACGGUCUCGGAGACGACAAUACGGCCGUGGAGGAAGGAGAGACCAGCCCGGAUCCACAGCCCCAGCAAGGCCGGAAAGUGCGGAGGGAAGCGUGUACCUGCCCCUACUGCAAAGACAGCGAGGGAAGGAGCUCUGGGGAUCCAGGUAAAAAAAAGCAACACAUCUGCCACAUCCCAGGCUGCGGGAAGGUGUACGGCAAAACCUCGCACCUGCGGGCUCACCUGCGGUGGCACACCGGCGAGAGGCCCUUCGUGUGCACCUGGAUCCUCUGCGGGAAGCGCUUCACCCGGAGCGAUGAGCUGCAGCGGCACAAGCGCACACACACAGGAGAGAAGAAGUUCGCCUGCCCCGAGUGCCCCAAACGCUUCAUGCGGAGCGACCACCUCUCCAAGCACAUCAAGACCCACCAGAACAAGAAGGGAGGCACGGCCAACAGCGUGGCCAUGAACGUCUCCGCCGUCCCCAUGGACACGGGGGCCUCGGCCGAGGGCAACGGCGGGCCCACGCCCUCGGCCCUCAUCGCCACCAACAUGGUGGCCAUGGAAGCCAUCUGCCCCGAGGGCAUCGCCCGCCUCGCCAGCAGCGGCAUCAACGUCAUGCAGGUGGCCGACCUCCAGUCCAUCAACAUCAGCGGCAACGGGUUCUGAGGGCGCAGCGGGACGCGGGCACCGCGGGCGACACGGCGGCGCCGGGCGGCACGGGGCCGAGAGGCGAGCGGAGACGGAGCGGGGAGCGAUUUCACCGCGAGGGCGACGUCCGGGUCGCCCUCCAGCACUAAAGUCCAGCUCCUCUCACCUGGGAUCGCAGCCCUCCUUGAGCUGCCCGACCUCCGGGGCCCGGUGACCACACACGAAGGCCAGAGCUAUAUAUAUAUUUUUUAAUUUCGGCUUGACCCUAUUAUUAUUUCCCCCACCACCACCUCCUUCCUCCACUUCCUCCCCGAGGUCCGUCUGCCCCUCCGUAGCUAGCCUUCGAUGCCAUCAUGCCUUGGUAAAUGUAUAUGAUCAUUGAAAUACUUUUUAGCAAAAAAAGGAAAAAAAAAAAAAAAGAGGAAAAAAAGAAAAAAAGAUUCUAUAUUAUUAUUAUAUAUAUAAAAAUAUAAAAUGUGUUCGUUUGAGAGAGGAGAGAUUUUGCUGCGACCAUGGCCUUGGUCUCUUUGAUGCCUUAUCUUGGAACAGGUUGACCCUCUGGGGCAGUUCGGACAGUGCCCGAGCUGCCCUUCAGAUGCUAUAUUACAUUUUACAUUGUAACCUUUAAACAAAAAGAAACAAAAACCAAGUCUUUUUUUUUUGUACGCUUUGCUUUUAGGUUGUUCUUUAAUUUCUUUUUAAUUAUUUGGGUGAGGUUUUGCUUUCUUCCCCUCGUAAAACAGCUGCCCUCUCCCUGCCCUCCACUGGACUUUUGAUCUUUGUUUUAAGCGGUCUUCUUUGCGAAGAUCCGUUUCCUCCGGCUUUUUUAAUCCUCGCUCUCGCGGGCUGAGCGUAAGCUGUACAUGUGGAAUCAAUUUGUAAAGGAUUUUGUGCAGGUUCACUCGAGCUAUUUACCAGAGGGUCUGGGACCCGCUGCGUCGGGAUAACUGGGGUAUGGCGGGGGACGGGCUGGGAGGUCCUCGGCGGCCUCGGGCAAACUUAUUUUUCUGCCGUGGUCGGUCUUAAAAAUAAUAAGACUCCUUCAAAAGCAGGUCAGCGCCUCGCGAGCUGGUCAGGCGGAGGCGUUGCUUUUCCACCUCGGAGCCGCGGCCGGAGGUGGGAAGGCCGCGCGCGGGGUUGCCCUCGGCAGGGUGGUUCCGUUUGGGUUUUUUCCUUCCAACACUACUGUGUUUGGCUCUUCCGGCUCCGAGGCGUCGCCCUUCUGCCCGGCUUGUAGAAACGAAAAAAACGGGUGUUGGAAAUUGGGGAAAACUCUUUUUUUUCAGGGCACGGCUUUUGCCACCCCGCCGCGGGGACGGCGGAGGCCUCUUCCUUUCGCUCCCCCGCUCGAGGGCCGAGACAACAUCUGCCCUUUCGCCUCCGGCCGCAAACGGGCGGCCGAGCCCGCGGGGCAGCUUCGUUGGGCCCCCGCGAUAAGCCGAAACGCCCGGCGCGCGAAGGGGCCCUCGGACCCCUCCGUUCACCCUCUUUUGUUUCCGAGCAGAAACGUGGGGGGAGACGAGGCAGGAGCGGGUCGGAGCCGGAGACCCUGGGAACGCCCCGUCGGGAAGGCGGCCGCGGGCGAGACGUGCGGAAAGGUUAGAUGUGAAACGGCGCCGGCGGCCGGCAAUGGGAACGGACGAGGGAGGUGGUCCCGGCCCCGUGCUGGGACCAGUGCUGGGCUCCCAGUUUAAGGUGGAGCUACUGGGAAGCAGUCCGGCAAAGGGCUGCCGAGAUGGUCCAGGGACCGGAGCAUCUCCCGUAGGAGGAACGGCCGGGCGCUGGGACCGGUCAGCCCGGAGGAGACCAGGGGAUCUUCCGAUGCAUUUAAGCAUCUGAAGGGGGGUGUAAAGAGGACGGGGCCAGACUCUUCCCGCCCAGCGCCGGGCCGGAACGUGCGGAAGAGCUUGCUGGCGGCCGGGGAGCCCGGGAGCAGGGCGCUCGGGGAGCUGGUGGCGUCUCCAUCCUUGGGGAUGCUCCAGAGCCACCCGGACCGGGUGCCCCGGGCACGGAGGUCCCGUCUUCCAGGGCCCGCGCGGCCUCUUCCUCCCUCCCGGCAGAAAAACGAGGGCGCUCCUGCUGUAUAUUUUCCUCAAAAGUAUAUUUUCCCCCUCCUUUUCCCUGCCUGAGGAUAACCAGGAAACUUCCCGGGCGGCCGAGAGCCGAGACGCGCGCUCCUCCUCCGACUGCUCCCUCCUCGGCCGCCCCGAGCGGAGCCCGAGUGCCGCCGGCUCCCGCUGCCGCCUCCGCUCCCGGAGCGGGACGCGAGGCCGGAGCCGGUGGCGGAGCAACCCCAGCCAAACUGUGAAGUGCGAAGGUGUCUUUCGUUUCGUUUUUUUUUUUAAAAAAACCUUGUUUUUAAAAGAUCUGCAGGGAGGGAGGAAGCGACCGCGGCGAUUCCUCCGGCCGAUCCUUUCCGCGCUCUCUCUCUCUCGAUAUAUAUUUUUGCAUUUGUAUAUUUUUAUAUAGGAAACUUUAAGCAUUUGUAUUUUAAUAAUCUGUGAAGCACUAUGAAGCCCCCCCCGCCCCCAGCGCCUCGUGGCCGUGUCCCGUCCCCCUCCGUACUGGAAGCUACAGAGAAAUUGGUAGAAAGUAAAUUUUUUAAUUUAAUUGUUGGUUUCUUUUUAAAAAACACACACACACACACACACACACACGUCCCCCCUGGUACCGCUGCCUUGGGGGGCCGGCGGAGCCACUUUCUGGGCCCAGCGCCCCCCCCCUCAGCUCGGCCAGGAUCGAAGUGCCAAAGUGCAGCCCCCCCCCCCCAGCAUUUUGGGGCGCUUUGGGCCUUUCGGCUCCGUUUCCCGCGCCAGCUCCGCGCACGGGGCCCCGGCACCGCGGUUUGGCCCACGGAGCUUAAUUUUCCUAUGGAAACGCAGCCGGGGGGGGUCCACGCCGGGGGGGGGCAACCGCGACGGGCUCGGUUUCGGGGAGGGGGGGACAUGCCGCCGCAGCGGGGAGCGAAACGUGCCUUGAUCUCGGGGCCGGGGGGCUGCUGGCCCCCGCCAGCACCGCUUUUCUCCCCGCCGGGGGGGCCGGGGGGGGGCAGCCCCCCGGCUUCGCCCCUCUCCCAGCUUUAACCCCCCGCCGGCCCGAGGAGCAGCCUGGUCUCGGCAGGGCCGGGGGCGCCCGGCCCCCCCCGCGGCGCCGCCCCCCCUGGCAAUAAUCCGCGAGCCGGGUAAAGACUGUUCGACCUUGUAAUAAUGUCCGUGCUUUUUUUUAAAAUCCGGUGGCCGAUGUAAUGAUGUCUGAAACACGUUUUCGAAAAGUGCUAUUUUUUUGUACAAAAAGACUAGAUUAAAUGUAGUUUUUGGCUCCUUUGUAAA